AGUCAGAAUUCCUGAUGACCAGAAUCAGUUCAGUGAACCUGCAGCACACAAGCAGGUUACAGUCAGUCUGAGCUGAACCGAACUUUAACAACAGUUACAAAGAUGUUUGGUCUGUGUUGCUGUGGAAAGAGAUCGGCAAAGGUUGAAGAUGUUUUCAGACAGACAGACAGCUCUGAGAGGAGUGUCACCAUCCCGGACACUCCUACUGAAAAGAUCCUGUGGCUAUAUCGACUCUUUGGCCGCCCCACAAAGAAAAGGCAAUGCAGUGUCGCCACCUCAGAGGACAAACCCUCAGGGUCAAAGAAAAAGGCAAAGAAACGCUGGUGGAGGCGAAAGAAUAAAGUUGCACCAUCUCCCGAGGAAGAAGAGUGCUCGAAGGAGGAGAAGAGACGAGAAGGACCAGAGGACCAGAAGGCCAAAAUGAUGGGAGCAAAAUCCGUCUCCACCCGGCAGACCCGCAGAUACAAGUGUCGUGGGUUCCCCAACCCAGCACAGUUCUGCUACAUGAACUCCUGCCUGCAGAGCCUCCUGACACUGGAGGACUUUGUUGGAGCCUUCAGAUCUCAGGAGCAGGUUUGGAGUUCAGACCCUGAAGCUGCACUCAUUAGAGCGUUUAUGGACAUCAGAGAGUCUCACCUUUCCCCUGAUGCACAUCGUAAAAUCCGCCUCCUCGUUGCGUUCAAGGAAGCAGUCUCUGUCUGGGCUCCAGAGUUCCAGGAUUUUGACCAGAAAGAUGCCCAUGAGUUCCUCACCUCCGUGCUGGACCAGAUGAGGUCUUUGUGCCCACAGCUGCAGGCGGCGGCAGCCAGCGAGGGCAGAAUUUACAGCUGUCCAGUGGAAGAUCACCUGGUGUUUAAGAUGCAGAAGACCAAGACCUGCAAGGGAUGCGGUGCAGUAUCCAUCACUGAGGAGGAGUUUACAAACCUGUCCCUGGACCUGAUACCCGGAGGUGGAACAGUGGAAGAGAUGCUCAGGUGUUACUUGAAGGAGACGGAGUUGGAUUAUAACUGUGAGUGUGGUGCCACCACAUCAUGCCAGCGCUUGUCCUUUGUGAACCUGCCAAAAGUGCUGAUGUUGCACUUGAAGCGCUUCAGGUUCACUCCGUCUUUCCAGCUCCAAAAGGUCCAUGACCCCGUUGACCUCUUCAGAGACCUGGUGGUUUCCUCCAACCAGGGUGAUGGCUGCCUCUCUCUAGUCAGCACCAUCAGUCAUGUGAGCUACACAGCAGAAUGUGGUCACUACAUCUGUGAUGGGGUCGAUGUAAAUGUGGCACAGGAGGACCCAACUGACCGCUGGUUCACCUACAAUGAUGAAGAGGUCACUGAAACAACUGGCAAGGCUGUGUGUGACGAGCGGAAAAAUGUCUCCUACAUCCUGUUUUACAAAAGACACGACUAGAUGCUGGGACAUUCCUCAUGGACUUUGGAAGGAGACCCUUCAUCAGGAGCAGGACCCUGGACUAUACGCAAUGCACAACACACAACACACACACUGAAAUUCUUUAAGUGUCCUCAGAUAGCAUGGUUACAGCUGAGAAGAAGUUUAGAAAUGACUGUAUGUGUUUCCAUUCUCAGGACUAGAUGGUGUGACUUUGGAUGGAAAUCAAGAGCAGAACUCUGGACUGGACACAAUGAGCUCCAACAUAAUAAGCACAACAACAAUUGAACAAGAGGACGGAUGAGAACCAUGAGCAGUGGAGGAUGGAUAACAGCAGCAGGUCCCCCAGGCCUCAGGAGGAUGGGCCACCCCAGAGAGCCUGGAUCCUCCCAAGGUUUCUUCCCUUAGGGGGAGUUUUUCCUUGCCACAGUUGCCAAACAUCAAGAGCCACAGAUUUGGCUUGCUCUCUGGGGAAGUUAAAGUAACAUUACAUAAAGUUCUGGUGUUCAUUCUGGCAUUUCUCCCAGUGUGGAAAUCUUCCUGGAUGUCCAAUAUAAUAAUAAUAAUCAUGAUAAUAAUAAUACUCAGAAUGAUCCUAAUAAUAAUAAUAAUACAUAAAUAAAUAAACGAAAUCAUAAAACUGAU